GAACAAAACCCACACCAUCUAAAUUAUCUAAAACAAAAAGGUUAUACCCAAGCAAAUAUUGCUGAUUUUUAUGAAGUAAGCAAAAGAACAGUAAGAUAUUGGAAAAAAGAUGAUGGCAAACCCAAAGGGUGGUUAAGAGGUCGCAAAAUGAAAAUCGAUGAAAAUGAAGAUAAUGCGGUUUUUUUUAUUCUUGCUAUCGCUCAUAACCUUAAACAUUCAACUCAACAAGAAAUGGCAGAUUAUUAUUUUGAAAAAACCGGUCAAAGGAUAAGUCGAUUUGCGGUGUCAAGAACACUAAAAAUACUUGGGAUUACUCGGAAGAAAACUUCCUAUAGUUAUACCGAAAGAUUAAAUUACAAAGAGAGAACAGAAGAGUUCAAAAGAAUAAUCUCCUCUUUAUCCCAACCAUUCAUUCUAGCCUUGGAUGAGUGUAGUUUCCACCUGAACGAAGCACCCCGUUAUGGCUAUGUUCUUACAAGUUCACGGGUUAACUCCCAAAAACCAGGUAAAAAAGGAGAAAAUCACACUCUAAUCCUUUGUAUCCAAAAUAUAAAGGGUAAGGGAAUAAUCCAUUACGAACUAAUUCAAGGAGGAAUGAAAACCGAGAACUUCCAUACUUUUCUUUCUACUCUUAAACUUCCUGCUAACGAGAAACAUUAUCUGAUAAUGGAUAACUUGCCAGUUCACAAGGCUAAACAAUCAUGUAUCAAAUUAGGAUUGUCAACUAUUAAAGAACUAUUGAAAAGUAAAAAUAUUGAGGUUGUUUUCUUACCCCCUUAUGCUCCUCAAUUGAACCCAGUUGAAUAUUGUUUUAAUCUCAUUAGGCACUAUGUAGAAAAGAAUAAACCCAGAACUUAUGAAGAAUUAAAGUCGGGUGGAGCAGGUAAAAAUUCCACUCAAAUAACCGAAUAUAAGUAUUACAAUGUUCACUUUCUAGAUAGUCGUUUAAUUUUUCGCCAAAGUUUGUCGGACUUAACCCUAACCAAGGAAGAAGAAGAAAUUAAAAGAAAAGGCGUUUUUUUUAUUAAAAGGGACAAUCUCGCCGAACUUCCUAAACCAGAACUAGUCAAAUAUUGUGCUAACGACUGUCUUAUUAUUUUACGACUACUAAAUGAGCAUUUUAUUCGCGGUGGUAAAGAUUUAGAAAAAAAGGGAAUAGAAGAUGGAUACAAUAAAUUGGUUGGCAAAGUUUCUGUAGGCUCCACUGCUUUUUAUAAAUUUCGCAAAAUGCAUCCAGAAGUUAUGAAACACUUCCCUAAUCUGGCCAAGCCUUGGUAUUCUAAAAUCUAUGAUUUUACCCAACCUAGUUUAUUCGGAGGAUUUUCUGGAAUGGGUAAUCAAGCUAUUUAUCGCGGAUGGAGUGUCAAAGCCGACAUGAACAGCAUUUAUCCUCAUGUGAUGAAAACUGAGGCCAUGCCAAUUCUCUUGCCCGAGAAGCAUUAUACUAACGAGGAGGCAGUCCACAAAGUUUGCAAGGUAAAAACUAAAAAAUACGAAGAAUAUACUUUAGAAGGAUGUGAUUGUCGAGCUAAGCAUCAUCUUAAACCGGCACUAUUAAACGAUUUAAUAAAUAAAGAUCCCAAUAAUAUUCCCUUUGGCUUUUUCUGUGUCAAAUUUUGGGGCUUAAAAGCCAAAACUUACGAUAGUCAAAAAAUACCUUUUGUGGUGGUAAAAAGAGAAGAUGGAACUACUUUUUGCCCCCAAAAUAUUGAAUAUUUAGAAAAAACUCUUUUUGGUGAGUACUUAAAAUUUAUUUUGGAAUAUUAUUCCUACGAUAAAAUGUGCCAAAUUGGCAAACAGCAAGCCAAAGAGGAUAAAAAUAGGGCACAUUCUCGCCAAAUUACUCCCUAUGAUAAUGAGAAAGGAUUACAUGAGAAACAUGUUUUUACUCCACGCAUCAAUGCUUUUGAUGAUAAACUUUUUUCCCCAGCCACGUAUACUAAAAAAGAAGGUAACAAAGAAGAAAAAGAUGGCUUUGGUUUUAAUUAUUGUCCAGUGGCUUGUGCUAUUACUAGUUAUGCUAAAAUAACCUUAAUAAAGAAAAUUUAUGAAAUCGGGGUAGAUAAUGUUCUUUAUUACGACACUGAUUCUAUUACUAGCAAAGUUCCUUUCCCAGAUGAUUGUAUUCAUCCCAGCAAAAUCGGUUUUUGGAAAAUAGAAGCAAUACUGAGCGAAUUUAUAGUUUUUGCUAGUAAAUCUUAUUGGAUGAGAUACAAGGAAAGGAUUAAGGGACAACAAGAAAGAGA